UGCACUGAUUGGACUACGAUGAAUCGACGACCAGCGGUAGCCUGACCGGAAAAUGCUACGUCUCAGGCAGCGACCUUGAGCGACCACAAUACCGAAUGAACGGAAAGCAUUGAGCUGCUGGUGUACCACCAUGUACCACCUAGGUUCGUCCUACAUCCUCCAUAUUUCGCGCCAGAGGUCUCCGCCAACAACCAAGUGGACUAGAAUCCCCACUCUCGGGCUUUACAAAUUUCCCGUCGUUCUCUUACUUCUUUUACCUUGAAUAUGGCUUCUUGCUACUUGAAAGUCGGCUCGAUCUCAGAAAAGAUCGUGCCCUGCAACCACACAGCCAUAUCUGAAGGAAAGCACACCUCUUGUUGCGAACCUGAUGAUCUCUGCCUAACAAACGGGCUCUGUCGAAACCCAACUGUCAACGAAGCAACGAACUACGCAUGGCGCUUUGGCUGCACAGACGCGACGCUUGCAGAUCCAUCUUGUGGGAACUACUGCAACAACAUCACGAAUGAUUUUGAUAAUCAGUUAACGUGGAAGUGUUCUGGGGAUGAGACGUGGUGCUGUAACACAGGCGAGCCCGGACCUGCUAAAGGGCGAUAUAACCGUACCAACACGACCUGCUGUAGUAUCAGUGAGCUAUUGUUCCAUGCGGCUAACCCGACCGUGUAUACGACUGCGAGUCUCAUGAGUCUAUCGUUUUCGAUCGAUACCUGGAUGGCUUCUGCGACUGCAUCGUCUACGACAAUUUCCAAUAUCACAGUGGGAGCGAGUGCAUCGGCACCACCUGAAGCAAGACGAUCUAACUCCCUUGCAAUCGGCCUUGGAACUGGUCUUGGCGCUGUAGCUGCAAUUGUGUUGGGCGUUGGGUUCUUGCUCUUCCGGCGUAGAAAGAGACGUGCUAAUGAACCACAGGAAGAGAUAAAAGAGCAUGGGUGUGCGGAAGUGAUGAGUAACUGCGUCGUUGAAUUGACUGCUACCAAGGAACCGAUGGAAAUGAUGGUUGCCCAACCGCCGUCGGAGAUGGACACGAGUGUAGAGCCGGUGGAGAUGCCUGGUGGAGAAGAAAGAGAGAGGUGUUGCCGAAGAUAGUACCGUGGAGUCUACCUUGAGUUUUGAGGUUUGGAAGAGACUUGCUGUCAUCUCGAAUGCCUAGGAAUUUCACACUCCAAUUCAUUGACUCCCAUCUGCGCCUUCCGCAAGCAUCUCCUUAGAUAUCAGCUUGGGACUCACUCGCUGGCGCUACAGCACCACUUUCAUCACCGAAAUGCAUCUGUUCAGCCGCUCCCUCGACUUCUUGCAGCACUUUCAAUUUCCCUUCG